AUGGAGUAUCACCAUAGGCUAAACAUUAACUUCUUAUUUUUAAUUAAAAUUUUGUCACUUACAAUUAUACCUUGCUAUAGAAAAGCAAUGAAUAGAAUAAACAAACAACAAGAUAGAGUUGAUUUAAGGAAUAAAAGGCUAUUAUCAAUAUAUACAUAUGAUGAAGAAAAUUUAACAGAAUCAAAUGAUAGUAUAAUGUCUAAUAUGAACCAUGAAGGUUUAAAAUGUGAAAAAGAAUGCGGAAUAAAAUGUAAUAGAAGAAGUCGUAAACCUAAUAUUUUUAAAAGAAUAGACCAACAUUUUGAAAAAAAAAUUUUUUCUGCUUUUAAUGAAAUGACUAAUUUAGAAGCUGAAACAAAACCUGAUCCUGCUAAGAUAAAAAAAAAGAUAAUAAAGACUGUUCUUAAAGUGCUCAAACCACAAUUAAUACUUCUAUUACUUUCAACCAUUUUAAUAUUGUUUUCAAGUUCACUUCCAACAACAUUUGAAAAGUCGGGUGUCAUACUGAUGAUAAUCAGUUUAGUUGGAUGUUUUUACGUUCUUGCAAAAGCUUUUAAAUAUGCAUGGACAGAUAUAUCAAGCUAUUUAAAUGAAAUAAAUACAUAA